AGUUGCUUCACCAGACAUAUGGACGCCUGUGGGUUGGAGGUGCGUAUCAGAGAGGGUCCAAGAUUUGACAAGCAAUACUACAGUUUCUGCAGGUUUUCACCAAGAGUUUACAAGCAAUGGUGAUAACGAUUUACGGACGCUGCCUCUCUCCAUACGUGAAACUUGUGCUUUUCGGUUUGUACGAGAGGAAUGUUGACGAGUUCGAGAUAGUGCCGAUCAAUCCGCAUGAUCCAGAACUCGUAACAAAUGUGAGCCCCUUCGGAAAGGUUCCAGGGGUGGUAAUCGAUGGAUUGGCUCUCAGUGAAAGUAGAGCAAUUCUCAAGUACAUUGUGACAAAGUUUGAGAUCGAGGGCUCAAAUCUGAUGGGAUCAACUGCUGAGGAGAAAGCAAAAGUUGAUAUGUGGAUUGAUCUGGAAACGAUGAUUUUGCAUCCCGCCGUGAUGGCUCUCAACGGGCACCUCUAUAAUAGGCCGAAUUUCUACUCGAAGGAAACAAACCAAGUUGCUGUAGCAGAGAACAUUCCUAAGGUUGAGAAAAUUCUAGACGUCUAUGAUGCUCACCUCGCCAAGAAUAAGUACUUGGCAGGAGACUUUUUCUCCAUAGCAGAUAUGAUUCACAUCCCUCCGCUGUACAUUCUCGUGAACAAAAGUCGAUGUGCAAGUAUGUUUACCAGCCGAGAGCAUCUGAAAGCUUGGUGGGAGGACAUCUCCUCCAGGCCAUCUUGGAAGAAGGUACUAGAAAAUAAUACUGAGGAUUGUGAAUAG